AUGUCUCUUAGCGACGCAGAUGUACAAAAACAAAUCAAGCACAUGAUGGCCUUCAUUGAGCAGGAGGCCAAUGAAAAGGCUGAAGAAAUUGAUCAAAAAGCUGAAGAAGAAUUCAAUAUUGAGAAAGGAAGGCUUGUUCAGAAUCAAAGAUUAAAGAUCAUGGAAUAUUAUGAAAGAAAAGAAAAACAGGUGGAACUUCAAAAGAAAAUCCAAUCUUCAAAUAUGUUGAAUCAAGCUCGACUCAAAGCUUUGAAAAUACGUGAAGAUCAUGUUCGCGAUGUACUCGAUGAGGCCAGGAAGAGACUGUUGCAAUCAGUCAAAGACGAAGCACGUUACAAAGAUAUCCUUGAGAAACUUAUGCUUCAGGGGUUGUACCAGUUGAUGGAAUCAGACAUUUUGGUUAGAACUCGUGAAAUGGAUGGCCCAGUUGUGAGCUCAGUGUUCCCUGAUGUGCUGGUGAAAUACAAGGAAUCAUCAGGUAAGGAUUUGCAGCUGAAGUUGGAUACAGAAUUGUACUUACCAUCUGAAUGUGCUGGUGGCAUUGAACUUUACACUGCGAGAGGCCGUAUCAAGAUUGUUAACACUCUUGAAUCCAGGCUUGAUCUUAUUUCAGCACAAUUGUUGCCUCAAAUUAGAACAUCCUUAUUCGGUCGUAAUGUGAACCGUAAAUUCACUGACUAA